AUGCCCGUCUGGCUGCCUCCAUGCCCGUCUGGCUGCCUCCAUGCCCGUCUGGCUAUGUGUCUGUCUGGAACCUUCCUGUCUGUCAGCCUGGAACCUUGCUGCCUGUCUGCCAGGAACCCUGCUGUCUGGAACCUUGCUGGCUGGCUGUCUGGAACCUUGCUGUCUGCCUGCCCAGAAGCCUGCUGCCUGCCUGCCCGGAACCCUGCUGCCUGCCUGCCCGGAACCCUGCUGUCUGGAACCUUGCUGGCUGGCUGUCUGGAACCUUGCUGUCUGCCUGCCCGGAAGCCUACUGCCUGCCUGCCCGGAAGCCUGCUGCCUGCCUGCCCGGAAGCCUGCUGCCUGCCUGCCCGGAAGCCUGCUGCCUGCCUGCCCGGAAGCCUCCUGCCUGCCUGCCCGGAAGCCUGCUGUCUGCCUGGAACCCUGCUCUCUGCCUGUCACCCUGCAAGUCUUCCCGGCAGUCUGCCUCCCUGCCCGUCUGGCUAUGUGUCUGUCUGGAACCCUGCUGUCUGUCAGCCUGGAACCCUGCUGCCUGUCUGCCAGGAACCCUGCUGUCUGCCUGCCCGGAAGCCUGCUGUCUGUCUGCCCGGAAGCCUGCCUGCCCAAAAGCCUGCUGCCUACCUGCCCGGAAGCCUGUUGCCUGGAACUCUGCUGUCUGCCUACCUGCCUGCCACUCUGCUCUCUGCCUGCCUGGAACCCUGCUGUCUGCCUGGAACCCUGCUCCCUGUCUGCCUGGAAUCCUGCUGUCUUGAACCCUUCUGCUUAACUGGAACUCUGCUGUCUGCCUGCCUGGAACCCUGCUGCCUGUCUGCCUGGAACUCUGCUGUCUGCCUACCUGCCUGCCACUCUGCUGUCUGCCUGCCUGGAACCCUGCUGUCCGCCUGCCUGGAACCCUGCUGUCCGUCUGCCUGGAACCCUGCUGUCCGUCUGCCUGGAACCCUGCUGUCCGUCUGCCUGCCUGGAACCCUGCUGUCCGUCUGCCUGCCUGGAACCCUGCUGUCUGUCCCAUUUAUGCCUGAUGUGUAG